CCUCCCUCCUUCCUGCCGCCGGCGCCGGCUCUACCUCGCGCGUUGCGCCAUGGCCCUGCUCUGCUACAACCGCGGCUGUGGGCAGCGCUUCGACCCCGGCACCAACACGGAGGAUUCAUGUAUAUAUCAUCCAGGUGUACCAGUCUUUCAUGAUGCUUUAAAGGGCUGGUCAUGCUGUAAAAGAAGAACAACAGAUUUUUCUGAUUUCUUGAGUAUUGUGGGCUGUACAAAGGGUUUCCAUAAUAGUGAGAAACCCCCUGAGCCUGUUAAACCUGAAGUCAAAACUACCUCUGAACGAAAGGAAUUAGCUGAACUGAAACCUAAAUUUCAGGAGCACAUAAUUCGGGCACCAAAGCCAGUGGAAACAAUUAAGCGGCCAAGCCCAGAUGAACCAAUGACAAACUUGCAGCUGAAAGUAUCAGCUUCCCUGAAACAGGCGCUAGAUAAACUGAAACUGUCAUCAGAGAAUGACGAAGAAAAAAAAGAAGAGGACAGUGAUGAAAUCAAGAUUGGGACUGCGUGUAAAAACGGAGGCUGCUCAAAGAGAUUUGAAGGACCACAGAGCACAGAAGAACUAUGUAUAUACCAUUCUGGUGUACCUAUAUUUCAUGAAGGGAUGAAGUACUGGAGCUGCUGUAAGCGAAAAACUUCUGAUUUUAAUACAUUUUUGGCUCAAGAAGGAUGCACAACAGGAACACAUGUAUGGACUAAAAAAGAUACUGGGAAAAAAAUAGUUCCUUGUAGGCAUGACUGGCAUCAGACUGGAGGCGAAGUGACCAUUUCAAUAUAUGCUAAAAAUUCAGUUCCUGAACUUAGCUAUGUUGAAGCAAAUAGCACAGUGUUAAAUAUACACAUUAUAUUUGAAGGGGAUAAAGAAUUUCAUCACAGUGUAAAACUAUGGGGGGUAAUUGAUGUGAAGAGGAGUUACGUAAACAUGACCGCUACAAAGAUUGAGCUCACUAUGAGGAAAGCGGAGCCCCUGUCAUGGGCAAGCCUUGAACUACCAGUGCCUAACAAACAGCAGCAACAAAAAAAAGAUACAGAUCAAAAAUGAACUCCUAAAGAGAGAAAAUUAUUUUCUAUCACAACAUGGUGACUUGCUACUGUAAUGUGAUAUUCAUCUUUUUUUAUUUUUAAAGUUUUUCUUUUACAAUAGAUUGUGGAUUUCAAAUCAGGGUCAACAUUUGUCUUUACAUACUGUAAUAUGGUUGUCUCUCUCAUCCCAUACUUCUUGGGGCUUGUCUACAUAGCAAAGUUCAUGCCCAGUAAAUUAGGGUGGGAAAUUGAACAGUAAUAACUGUUUUGUCAGAGUAGUCUUAAAGACAUCUGCUCCACAUGAAGGGUGUCCUUGCAUGAAGCUAGUACAGACCAGCUAUUGUGCUUCAGGUUCUAUGCCCUUACCUUAGGCUGCAUACACGCAUUUAAAUCAUCCAGGACAACUCUCCCAGGUUUAUUUUCCUGAGACAAAAACUGACCUGUACAGAAGUUGUAACAAAGAAGCAAAGAGCCUGCUGGCCAGGCAAGGAAUCCUAGAGCGUGCAGCUCAGAGCUUUGCAGGCUUUUUAAUUGAAUGUAGGCAGGGAGUGUCAGGGAAGGUAUUGCCAGGGUCUGUGCCACGCACAGAGUUUUUCAGCCUUCCUCA